AUGGACGCCUUCACCAACAAGACCUCUCAGCAGCCCGCCGCUGGUGGUGCCCCAGCUGGCCAGAAGGACGACUACGUUGACAAGGCCUUCGCUUUCGGCGCCAAGAAGUCGGGCCACAACGUCAACCACAACACGGCCGAGAAGAUCACCGACGGUGCCAGGAACCUGUACGAGAAGGCCACCGGCAAGAAGGUCGACCCCAAGAUCUCCAACUAG